UAGCCUUGGCCUUGGAUUUGGCGACGGUCUUUCCUUUGGACGCAGUCUUAUUCUUCGGGGUGGCCUUGCCCUUUGCCGCUGGCUUGCGUCUGGAUGCAGACUUGCCUUUGCCGCCGGUCUUGGACCUCGAAACCCCUGUGCUCUUAGUAGUCUUGCCCUUCGAUAAAGUCUUUCCAUUGUUGGCUGCCUUGUUGUGUGAUGUCAUCUUGCCUUUGGCAGCAACUUUGCCCUUAGGUCCAGUCUUGCCUUUAACCUUCGAUGCGUUCUUGCCUUUGGUACUAGAUUUGGCCCUCACGCCAGUCUUGCCCUUGCCUUUGGAAAUCUUGUUCUUCGAGCUAGCCUUGGUUUUGGCGGCGGCCUUUCCUUUGACACCAGCUUUGGACUUGAGCCCAUUCUUGCCUUUGCCGGCGACUUUGCCCUUCGAAGUUUUCAACGCUUUGUUCCUUGCGCCAGCCUUGCUCCUCGAAGGUGUCUUGGCUCUAGUAGCGCCUUUCGUCUUGUUCUUGCCAACUGCCUUGCCUUUGGCACCAGCUUUCGUACGCAAUGCGCUCUUGCCUUUGGUAGCCUUGCCUUUGGUCGCGAGCCUAUUUCUCGAGGAAGUCUUGCCUUUGGCACCAGCCUUCGCACGCGAUGCGCUCUUGCCCUUGCCAAUAGUCUUCCUCGAUGCAGUCUUGCCUUUACCGGAGAGUUUGUUCUUCGACCCGGCUCUAGUCUUCGAAGCCGCCUUGCCUUUGGUACCGGCUUUGGACUUUAAGGCGUUCUUGCCCUUGCGGGCGGAUUUGGCCCUGGAGGCAGUCUUGCCUUUGGACAUCUUGCUCUUCAAAGCGGUCGUUUUCUUUGCACCAGUCUUGCUCUUCAAAGCCGACUUGGGAAUGGUCUUGUCCUUGAGAGCGGCAGUCAUGGAUUUAGACUUGGUCACUGGAGUGGCGGAUUUUGCAUUAGACUCGGCUGUUUUCUUUGCAGCAGCCUUUUUGGCAAA